AGGGCAAGCAAUGUUGCUAUGAGAGAUGCUGCUUGAUCUCAGUCGAGAUAGGUAAUUAAGGAGAGAAAAAUAGGGACAUGAUUAAAAGAAGGAUUGAACGUUCUGCUCUGUACGUCUCCUAAUUCGUGAGCAAUGGGGUAAAGGUUGUAUUUACACAUUUUGGGCUUAGCCUAAUAAAAUGACCUCGGGAGUCUCUGUUUUGUAAGGUACAUUAUUGGCGAGUUUAUCUGAAUGGAUUAUUGUUGGUUUGUAGAACUGUUGGAUAAUAUAUACCCUUAUUAUGGUAUGACGUUUUCAUCUCAUCUUUUCAAUCUGCGAUUAGGGUGUGCAUGUAUUCGGCAGAUUUUAACGACGGAAAUUGUAAAAUAAUUUUGCUAUUAUAUUUGCUGCGAUGACUUCGUUACCUCGAAUGGAUCAAAGUGGUGAUCAAACUGAUUCUCAUGCUUUUGAUUGUUUUGUUUUUGAAGAGUUGUUUUGAAUAACUCUGACAGAAACCUCGUUCGACAACGCCGUUGACGUAAUGUUCUACGAUAUAAAGAUGUGACCUAUAUAUUGACUGUAUUCUAAAAAGGCAAUGAAACUCCAAUUGUAGAAGGAGAGUCAGCCAUGACUCAUUUCUGAUAAGUUGCAGUGGAAGAAUUAUAGAACAUUUCUUUCGGAUUGACUGACGGCAACCACAAUGGAAGGGUCUAUUGCCUAUUACGGGCCAACCUAUCAAUCCGACAGAGGGCAUGGGACACCGAUCAUUGAUCAAAUGACGUCAUCAUCCAAUACGACCUCCGAUGAUGACAUCACAGAUUAUCAACCAUCCAUCGCGUGGUUGGCCAUCGUACCGCUCGUCGUGGGGACGAUCACGAUCGCCACAGUGGUUGGCAACGCACUCGUGAUGGUGGCUUUCUGCAAGGAUCCCCGCAUCCACAGCCGCGUCGCCAGCCUGCUCAUCUUAAACCUCGCCAUUUCUGAUUUCAUCAUCGGAUUAGUGGUGCUCAGUGUUAACCUUUCUUGGAUAACGUGGAACGAGUGGCUUGGCGGGGAGUUCUGGCUUCUGGGAGAAGUCUUCUGCAAGAUUUGGCUGAUCAUCGACAACACGGCCACACUGUUGUCCGUAUUCACGAUCAUCCUCAUCAGCCUCGAUCGCUACUGGCUGCUCACAAAGAAACUCCAUUAUCAGACUUUCCAAACGCGGAAGCGUGUCUUGGUGACGAUAACCAUCCUUUGGGUCUCAACCGCGGUUGUCUUCACCAUCCUUGCGGUCGGUUGGCCGUACUUCACCGGUGAACGCAACGUCGAUUUCAGUAAAGAAUGUGAACUAGACAUGGCUUACAACGUAUACGCUACAAUCGCGCAGUUGAUUUGCGAGUUCAUUAUACCUCUCAUAAUCAUUAUUGGUCUGAACAUCGCGGUUUAUAUUAAAAUAAGAAAACGCGCAGAGGGCUUGAGUCAAUUGAAGACAAGAAGUGUAGAUCAUUCUAAACGACAACAGAAGGUAGAUACAGUAGAAAUGAACCGGUUAUCAUCUCCUAUCGAGUCUCCAGUUUCUUUAUCCCAUAUCAGUCUAGUAAACACAUCCGCUUCGAACCAUGAACUACGAGAACAAGUCAACGAAUCAUCUUUUGUCAACGGUGAUGUCAAAGACUAUCAAACGAUGCCUUGCGACCGCGAACUUUCAAAGACUUUGAACAGCGUCGCAGAAGCGCAGAAACGCAGACGGGAGUUCGCGCGUCAUCGACGCGCAGCGACAGUACUUGGAAUUUUGGUGUCAGUGUUCAUAGCGUGCUGGCUCCCAUAUCAAAUUGCAAACAUCGUCAACGCCAUUUGUGACGAGUGCAUAUCGGAUCUUGUCUGGGAAAUAGUAAAUAAUAUCUUAUGGUGCAAUUCGUUCAUCAACCCUUUCUUAUACGCCGCCACCAACGUUCACUUCAGGAGAAAUUUCAUUAUUCUGCUUGGGCUUCGUAAGUGCCGUUGUUUCAGAGCAACCAUGCAGGUGGAAGCUCGACCAAGCUCAACGGUUGAACAAAUCAGACCGAGAUAUCGUAAUACGCAAGAAAAGUAAUAAGAUAAUUUGCAUCAUUUAACAGCACUCCACUAUAACUGCGUGCUGAUAACACUUUUAACAGGACCACUGUGAGUCAUCUGAAAGCCGAACCAUAUAUCUUGAUCCAAUGACUGGAUAGAAAAACAUCGAUUUGUAAACUAAUGUUUUCUUAAUCAUGGAAACACUAAAUAAAAGCAGAUUACAUU